CGCCGUUUAGACGCAAGAGCUUCCGCCCAGUGCGCCUGCGCAAGGUAGCGCUGUAAAUCUCUAGACCCGCGCCCGCACGCCGUGCUUCCGGGUUGGCUUUGGGAAAACCGCCUCUGCGCUCGGAUAGGAGCGGGAAAGAGUCAAAAUUGUCGGCGUGUUUCAGCGUAGCUGUGACUGGGCAGCCAAAAUAUGCUGCAUCGCGCCCCCCCCCCAAAAAAGUAUAAAAUCAUAUACUUGGAAGCGGCCACAAGAGUCAUCUAGCGUAAUGCGGGGAUCUUUUGGCGAACGUGGGGCUCGAACCUGCAACCCUGCGAUUAAGAGGCUUCUGCUCCCACCGACCGAGCUAUAUCCUGCUGAGGUCCAAUUUUGUGUGUUUUUAAUUUUGGAAACCAAAGAAAAACCGUCCGCUCAAGAGCUCAUUCUUCCCAUAUCUUUAUUUUAUUUAUAACAUUUCUAUGCCACUUUUUUCUUCCAGGGAGCUCAAGGCGCUGUCCAUGCUUCUCUUCCCCGCUUCAUCCUCGCAACCCGGGGAGCUUCUUCGCAAUGCCGCCACCUCCCUCAUGGGAGCUGAGUGGGAAAGGAGCCGCAAGGGUAGGGAAGCCCUGAGAAAACGCAAAAUUUAUUAUUAUUCUUAUAAUCCCACCCUGGCCCUUCCUGUGUAUCAUAAAACACGAGCAGAGAUUGUGGUGCGGCGGGGCAGCGGAUUUUAGUUUUCGCCCGCUGGGGCUUCCAUAUCAUUGGAUCGAGGGGCCUCUUCUGCUGCCGCGGAGGUUGCUUCCCAAAUUCAGCAAGAGGGAGAGAGUCUCCGCUUCAGAAGAGGCUUAAUUCCGAAUUUCUCUCUUGCUGGCUUGCAACCAUGCAUGCCCCGCUUGCUCUGUGCUUCCUGCAGCCGAGCGGGCGGCACUAAAAUAAAUGGUAAAAUAAUUGGACGGUACUCGCGCUACUAAAAUAAAUAGGGCUUAAAGGCUCUCUCCUUAUUGGUCCGCCGCCGCCAAGCCCUUUCGUCACGUGACCCGCCCCUCCCUCCCCCCCGCCGCGGUUGCGUUCCCUCCGGUCUCCUAGCAACGGCGAUGGACCGCGAAGCGGAGGGUCGCGCUUACCUGGCGCAGCACAAAAUCCCGGAGCUUUUGCACAACCUGAGCGCCUUGCUGCUCUACCACCGGCCAGGUAAGCCCGCCUCACCCUGGCCAUGCCAGACGCCAAACCUCUUGCCCCCCUCAGGUAAAUAUGGUGCCUGGAGGGAGGACAGGAUUCAUAGCUGUCAACUUUUCCCUUUUCUUGCGAGGAAUCCUAUUAGGAAUAACGGAAUUUCCCUUUAAAAAAAGGGAAACGUUGACAGUUAUGGGCAGUAUUUGACCCACCCACCCAAAGAAUCAUUAUACACAAUAAUUCCUUUUGGUACAGUUGCUUUUAAAUGGAUCUUCUUGUUAGGUGCCCAUAUAAAUAUAGGUUUAUUAUUAUUAUUAUUAUUAUUUGUUGUUGUUGUUUGUUUGGUGUUGUUAAUAAUAUUUACUCCCCUCUCGGCUUGGCACCCUGUGUAGGGGACCCAUCUGUGCUGCUCCAAAUUGGGUGCUCCUUCCUACUACCAAUAGCCACAGCUCACUUGGUCCUGACUGCCACGUUACACGGAUAAUUUUGCCACGGGUGCAAAUGUAAGAACAGGGCCGGCCUGCCAAUGAGGCAAGGUGAGGCGACUGCCUCAGGGGAAAAGGAUCCACUCAGGCAGCAGAUCCUGGAUGUUAAGUCUUUCUUCCCUGCUUGUUCCCAAUGAAGAUCUUCGCUCACCCAUUUUUCCCGGGGGGGGGUGUCCGUAUGUGAGAAUGUGUGGCGGAGGUGCCAAUUCAGUCCUCUAACCCAGCAGCACUUAGUUGGUGGAGAAGUUAGUAAAGGUAAAGGGACCCCUGACCAUUAGAUCCAGUCGUGACUGACUCUGGGGUUGCGGCGUUCAUCUCGCUUUAUUGGCCGAGGGAGCCGGCGUACAGCUUCUGGGUCAUGUGGCCAGCAUGACUAAGCCACUUCUGGCGAACCAGAGCAGCGCACCGAAACACCGUUUACCUUCCCGCCGGAGCGGUACCUAUUUAUCUACUUGCACUUUGACGUGCUUUCGAACUGCUAGGUUGGCAGGAGCAGGGACCAAGCAACGGGAGCUCACCCUGUCGUGGGGAUUCAAACCACCGACCUUCUGAUUGGCAAGUCCUAGGCUCUGUGCUUUAACCCACAGCGCCACCCGCGUCCCGUUAGUAAAAGAAGUUAGUAGGGAGGAUUAAAGUGCAGAGAACAUGUGGAAUUGAGGCCUGCUUGCCAAGCCCCUCACAAUGUUCACGGGCUGACAUGUGUUUUAGGGGCAAGGACUUGUAGAUGAGAGCUCAUGCAUCUUUCCUGUGAAAACAGAACUGUGUCGGAAGAAACUUCAGUGAUGCUACAGAAGGCGAUAGGAAAACCCUCUUUCACAAAUGGAACUUUGUCAUUGCCGGCAUCCGCGGUUAAAUAGCUUACCGUGAACAAGCAGUUUGCUAGCACACACCGCCCAGUUGCCACUCUCACCUUGCUCGUGAUGCUUGGCUUUUUCCGUGCCUCCAAACAUGGAAUCAUGGUCUGUUUCUCCCAACCCACAACAUGGUCAUGAAAACCAUUGCCAAUUAUGAUUAAAUACAGUAAGUGCUUCAGUUCCCAGGAAAAGUGCAACUUAAUGAGCCAGUGAUGCCCAGCUGCCUCUGAACAAUAGUAGAAACAUUCCCAACAACAGUUUGGCUACGACAAAUUGUCAUUUGGGUUCUCCUCUUCCAGAACUACCUAGUGGCCAUUCAACCUGGACCUUACUGGCAAGCUUUGGUACCUGAAUUUGCUUGUUUUCCUCUUCCAACCCCAUACCUGUUUCUUUUUGUAUCCUAGUCUGAAAGUCUGGAGAUAAGGCCUGCAUCUUUUUUUAACCUUUGCACAAUGCCUAGAAAACAUUAGACGUUUUAGUGAGAAUAUCUACCAGGACACGUUGAAGUGGGGAUGUAUGUGUGUUUUUUAUCUUACAGACAGACCAAGAGAGUUUUUGAUAAAGACACUGGAAAAGAUAAAGUAUGCAAAAAUGACUUCUACGGACUUUCCUUAUCUUAUGGACGAGUCAAACGUGGAUGCAAUGUUUGGAAUGCUAGACGUUGCAGGCCAAGGUUACAUAACCAUACCACAGUACAAAGGAGGUUAGUGGCCCUUCAUUUUUUUUUAAUGAACAUUUCAUUUCAUAUACUGUAGGUCAGACACGCCCAACAGGUAGAUUGCGAUCUAGAUCAGUGGACGUCUGCGGUAGAUAAGUGGCUCCCUUCAAAGAAGCUCAACACUUUUGCUCCCAUAAAACAUAAAAGUCAGCAACAUGCACCCCCCAAAAAUGGGUCUUCCUCCUCCCUAAAAAAAGCUUAACAACUUUCACCUGACCCAUCACUGCAAGUUUUUAACUCUGUGAGUAGAUCGCCACCCCUGCUGUAGGUUAUUAUGGCCACAUGUGGCAAGUUUAGGCAUGAGAAAAACAGCUUCAAGAUUAUUCUCAGCCUAAUCUUUACAGAAAUUUAGUGAGUAAAACAACAAAUCCUUUAGAUUUAUAUUAAGUAAAUUUCUACUGUUUGUUAGUUGUUCCUGAUGUUGAUAAAAGGAAACAAGUAACAUUUGGGAGCAAUGUCCUGUAAAAAAAACUCAGUACAGUAAAGCGUACUGGGUUCUUCUUCAGCAGCCAUCUCUCCUUUCUCACCCACCCAUCAUAAACCAGCCUUGUUUUUAGAUACUGGAUAUGAGAAGAUAGGGGUAUCUCUUUGCUAUAUGGAGAUAACGGCAUGCGAGUUAUGCUGUACUAUAUGUGUUUGAAUGUCAGAUCUGCCUAAUCUAUGAUCUGACCUCAUUCAGCCUUCCAUCAUAAGAUCCCCUUCAUUUAUAUAAACCCAGUAUAAUGUGAUUCUCAUUACUUUAUGCAGCGGUAGGGGAGGAUAUGUGCAUGUACAGGUUUCUUGCUGGGUUGAGGUUUUUGUCCCAUCCACAUCUGAUUAGUUAAGGUCUAAGCAGAACUGAAGACGGAAAAGAAUGCACUGACUAUAAGAGUUAUGUAUGCUUCAGCAGCCAUUUCUCUAAGCAUCUUUCAUCUCCUCUCCCAUAUUUUAGCACUUGAAUCUUUGGGAUUAAGUAUCCAGGAUGAAAUUUAUAAAGAAACUGACAUUAUGACAGCAGAGGAGUUCAGGGGAAAAGUGUAAGUUGAACUUGAAUGUUGCACAACUGCUUAAUUUUUUUAAUUAUAGAUUUUUCUAUUGCUCCUGCCAUACUGGGCUAGAUUGACCAAUAUGGACCUGACUUGUUUCCCUACAUUUACCAUCCUCGUGUAUCUGCCCACUUCCAAAUGUUUGUAAUGUCUGAAUAGGGCUUAAACGUAUAAAAUCUAAUGGAUGUAGGCCAAGAGAUUGAAGCUUUAUAAUGGUAAGAAGUUCAAUCUUAUCGUGCUCGGAUGUUUAAUCAAUUAGUGCUUGCGAACUUUGGAACCAUUGGCAACUAAAACUACUCUGCCAAUCUUGCUGUUUUUCUCUGGGUAGGUCAACAUUUUUAAAAUAUCCAGUUAGCCCUUCCUCCAAGAUUAUUAUUGGAAUAUGUAUGGACUUGGGGUUUGUGGAGUGUUAGGGGAGUAGUACCUCUGACAGGGAACAUACCAUGCUCCUUCUGGGGUACUUUGUCCACCUUUGGUCCUCACACUGCACUCAGCUCUCAUCUGUGGCUCCUAGAAGCUGUCUGCAUGCGACAGCCGCCACACCCCAAGAACAGCUAAGCAAGGUGAGGGUAGACUACGAGUUAGCGACUUACUCUGCAUGUGGAGACAGACUCUGGCAGAUUGAGAGGACAAGACCAAUAGUGGGUCCAACGGUUAAGAAGGCUGUUUCUGCACAUACUGUAGAGCCGGGGUCAGCAAACUUUUUCAGCAGAGGGCCAGUCCACUAUCCCUGACACCUUGUGGGGGGGCCAGACUAUAUAUUGAAAAAAAAUAUAUGAACAAAUUCCUAUGUCCCACAAAUAACCCAGAGAUGCAUUUUAAAUAAAAGGGCACAUUUUACUCAUGUAAAAACACGCUGAUUCCUGGACCGUCUGCGGGCCAGAUUGAGAAGGCGAUUGGGCCGGAUCUGGCCUCCGGGCCUUAGUUUGCCUUCCCAUGCUGUAGAGGGAAGUGAGAGACAGAUAGGGCUCCUCAGUCUGGGAAGAUAGCCCAUCUAGGUGCAGGAAAACUGAUCCUAAACCUCCACUGCUUUGUGGGAUAUCUUGUGGGAGAAGAAAAGGCUAAGGAGCAAACCAUACACAGUUGGAUGGUCCCUAAGGCAGUUGGAUGGCGUCUUGUACACCUCCUUCCAGCAACUCCUUGUUUCCUUUGGACCACAUAAGCAAGGUGUUGUCGGGUGGGCAGCCAGGACCUCCAUGCACACUGCUCAGGCUUGCGCCCCAGGGAGGUCACUUCAGUGCUGCUAACACAGAGGUAUGACUUCACCCCCAGAGGCGCACUCCAUUGUCUCUCAAGACAGAUAGAUGCCAACUACAACUUCUCAAUUUUCCCUGCUACAGCUUUUGGGAACACAAACUAGCCAGUUAGCAUUAAGUUACCGGUACACUUAUUUCAGUGAGAGUUAAGUGAAUGCUCAAAUCUCUCCCACAGAAAUUUACGGCAUUUGAAGGCAAUUAACUUUAAAGAAAACUUGCCAUGUUUACUGUGGAAAAAUUAGGAAAGUGUGAGCUGUGAUAGAAAUAAGUGGCAUUAACAAACGCAGAGGAAAGAUUCUUUGAAGAAGAUUCGGUACUCAAAAUAAAAUGACCACAAUCCAGAACAGAUUUAGCAUGCAAUGAUGUUGAGUAAACAAAAUACAUGCAGGAAAUUUCUCUGUUCAAUGUAAUUAAGACAUGCUUCUCAGCCUCAUACUGUAUAUUGUGAACAGUGAAUGGUACGCCCAUUAUACAUUCUAAUUGUUGCUUUUUGUUUUCCCUCAGGAUGAAAAAAUUUGCUGAAAUGUGGGAAGCAUUUUAAUCUUCAGUGUUCUGAUUUAAAGCUACUUGAUUUCAUAUUUUACUUUUGAGAAACUAGUAUUUCCAUUAUAUAUAGUUGACUUUUCCUGGUGUAAUAACAACUGCACCAACACUAUAGCAAUUCUGGAAUUUGGCUUGUCAAAUAAAUACUGGGCUCAUUAUAGCCAAAAUUAA